AUGGCCAUGUUGGACAAAGAUCUCGCCGCUGGAAAGACGGCACCAGAAUCACCGGAGUUCGCACCCUUGGACCGACCGUCUGACCUGGACGAUAAUUAUGAUCUGUACAAGCUAGCAGCGAGUACGGAUAUCGAGCCAAGGGAGGCCAGGGGAGUCUUGCGAAAGAUCGAUGUACGACUUGUGCCUCUACUUUUCUCGAUAUACCUCAUUCAGUACCUCGAUAAAAAUUCGAUCAACUUCGCGAGUGUCUAUGGUCUACAGAAGGGCACGAACCUUCAUGGUCAAGACUACUCUUGGCUAUCAUCGAUCUUUUAUUUCGGGUACCUCAUUUCGCAAUGGCCGUCAGGGUUUCUACUGCAGAGACUGCCUACGGGCAAAGUUAUUAGCGUGACAACCAUAUGUUGGGGCAUCGUCCUUCUCACCACACCUGCAUGUACGAGCUUUGCGGGCAUUGCUACGAACCGCUUUCUUCUUGGUUUCCUUGAAGCAACCAUCAACCCUGGCUUCGUGCUGAUUAUGUCGAUGUUCUACACUUCCAGAGAACAGCCGCUGCGUCUGGAGUCAUACUACUGCACCAACGGUGUAGCGACCAUGUUCGGUGGUCUCAUCGGCUAUGCAGUUGGCCACAUCAACUCUGGUCUACCAAAAUGGAUGUACGUCUUCUUGAUCUUCGGCUCCUGCUCCUUGGCUGCUGGUGUCUGGGCUCUACUUGCUCUACCCGAUCAGCCAUCGACCGCCAAAUUCUUGACCGAGCGCGAGCGUGCGGUGGCUGUUGAUAGGGUCGCUGUCAAUAGGCAGGGCGUGAAGAACCGCCACUUCAAGAAGGAUCAGGUGUUCCAGACACUUUAUGAUCCUAAGACCUGGAUUUUAUUUGUGAUGGCUGUGGGCGCUCAAGUACCCAAUUCAGCCAUUACUUCGUUCACGAGUCUGAUCAUCAAGGGCUUCGGCGUAGGCACACUUGGAACACAGUACCUACAGAUUCCAGGUGGUGCCAUUCAAUUCGCAGCAUUACUUGGAGGAGGAGUCAUCUGCUCAAGGUGGCCAAAUCUUCGUUGCCCGACCAUGAUCGCCGCGAACACCAUCUGUAUCGCUGGAGCGGCUAUGCUUGUCGGCGUCCCCGAAAAACAGAAAUGGGCACGUCUUGUCGGGUUGUGGCUGUGCUUCUUCCAAGGGCUGGGCUUCAGUAUGAGCUUGACCAUGGUUUCGUCGAACGUUGCUGGAUAUACCAAGAAGCAACUUACAGCUGCUAUCCUCUUCACUGGAUAUUGCGUCGGCAACAUCAUCGGACCACAGACAUUCAAGGCCAGCGAAGCACCGCAAUACCACUCAGCAUACAUUGCCAUGCUCGUGGGAUACAUGAUCAAGCUGAUCAUGGUGAUUGUGCUUUAUGUGUACAUGUGGUCAGUCAACAAGAAGCGUGAUCGGCAGGCAUUGCAGGAAGGCAUGACUACCGAAGACCAGGAGAAGGCUGCUAUCGAGAGUGGUAUGCAUGACAUGACUGAGCUUGACAAUAAGGGCUUCCGAUACUCGUUAUGA